UUGGUUCCUCGUACGCCAUUAUUAAUUUCACCGCAAAAGAACUCCCUCUGAUUGGUUCGUCUUUAAUUAUUUACGGUUCCCGGGUUAUGGUCGCUUCCGGUGAUAGGAAAGCCGAGAGGCGAAGCUCCUGCCAAGCUCUCGGUUUUCCCCGCCUGAGAUUCUUCCGCUACCGUCGCCUGAGAUAAUUGCCGGGAAUCGUAGAAACCGCGAAGCGAACCACAAAACAACAAGAAGGAGCUAGCUACUUUCCAGUUUCCACCCCGAUUUCCACGAUGCCGACCUCCAAGCAUCGGAAGGGAUCACGAGGGAAUAAUGAUAGGACCCGGAGAGGGAGCUUGGUCAUGGAGAAAGCGUCGUCGUUUCAUGGGCGCACGAUGAUGUGGGCAGCCGAGGAAGCAGCGGAGGGGAAGCAGUUGCAGCGGCCGAGGACGGUGCCCAACUUGGUGUUGGCUCACGGCGGAUUGGGCAAGAUGGCGCCCCAUGGGGUGAAGGAUGAGCAGAGGCCGCGUUUGACCAAGCUGCUCCUUAACGCGACCAUAAGUGGCAGCGUUGGUGCCGAACAGGUGGUCAUGAGGCCGGAAGAGACAGUCGAGGAUCUCAUCUCGGCUGCAGUGAGGGGGUACGUGAAGAAAGGGCGACGGCCGGUGCUGGUGACGGCAGAUCCAACAUGCUUCGACCUCCAUUUCUCACAGUUCAGCUUAGAAAGUUUAGAUAGGGAGGAGAAGCUGAUGGAAUUAGGCUCGAGGAACUUCUUUGUCUGUCUGAAGAAACCGAACACGGUGUUGGCCGGUGAAGGCCGCUCUAGUGACACUGUCGCCGCGUCAUCCUCGGCCGCUACUUGCUCUCAGGAGGCCGAGAUAGCUGCUGGGAGCUGCUUUGAAUGGCUCAGAUUGAUGGACUUCUUGCUGUAAUUUUGUGUAAUUAUUAAAAUUUUUGUUUUUAGUCUUAUCUCUUGUCAAGGAGAAUUUAGCUGCGUGCCCAACUCUAUGAGAAGCUUAUAUCCACAUCUGGGUUGGCCUUCUUUUUUUCGGUGUGAACGUAGACAUUCGAAAAGUUUAAUUAGGCUCCAACUAAUUCAGUAGAAUCGGAUUAAGUAAAAAUGGAAAAUCUGGUGUAUUGUUGCAUUUAUGUGUAUAAAUACAAAUGUAAU